CCCGUGUCCCGCCCAAGCCGUUGCGAAUCGUGGGAGGAAGUCCUUCUCAGCGAAGGGAAUGAUUUUGCAGAGUUUGGCGAUCGACUUCUUCGGUGGUUGAUAGAAACAGGCGAAGGAAUUGAUCGGGGAGUAAUGUUUCGAUGGGCGAUCACGAAGGAUGAGUGUGAAGCAAAGAUAUUGAGUUUGGAGAAUUUUAGCGAGAUCUGGAAGAUGAGUCUUUCUGUGAAGGGAGGACCAGACUCGCGCUGGUCUUGAAAUUUUUGGACGAUCGAAGGUUUCUUUUUGGAAAAAAAUUUGAGAGAUGGCAUAAAAACGUUUGUGUAGGCAAAUUACUGGCGGGACUCGCAAGCUGCCCUCAUAUUUUUGUUGUCGGAUGUGCUUGAAAUUGGACAAAUUCGACUCUUGUCAUCAGCGAGAAUGGAAUGACGGCGCAGAGAAUUGGGUUUUACCACGUUUUGUUAAGUGUGCACGAAGACAUCGCAGGACGGAAUAAGAUAAAACGACGGAAAUGGCUGCUUGUUGGAAUGAUGUUCUCCUUUCAACUUGAGUUUUGUAACGGGCGGACUGAAGCUGCUUGCCAGAUUAUCCAGCAGUAGGGAAGUCUGUCAAUCUGUGAAUAGCCCAGAUGGCUUCAAUAGCAUCGGAGGAUGCAUCCUCUCCUGCUGAAAAGCCCUCGGCUCCUCCUCCUCCUCCUCCUCCUGAAGCAGCAGCAGAGACACAACCACCCUCUCCUGAAGCUGUUGCAGAUGCAUCAGCAACUCCUACUUCUGUUUCAGAUGCCGCACCAGCACCUUCGACAGAUGCUGCCCCUGCCCCUGCCCCUGCCCCUGCCGCGGCCGCGGCCGCUGAAACUCCAGUAGGCGAGGGAGGAACUCCAACGAUGACCCGGGACUUGAGUUUGAGUGCUUUGGAUAUACCUAUACCAUCUGUGUCCUCAAUAGGCAAGAAGAAGGGUCCAACACCUCCACCAACUCCGCCACCAGAGAUUGUUAAGGAGCCAGCCAAGCAUCCACCGGGAGUAUUUUCUCUGUUUCUCUCGUCUGAAACAGCUCUUUCUAUUGGACUAGAUAAAGACGAUGCAAAACAUGAAAGUCUACAUUCAGUCUCUGCUCAAAAGGUCUUCGAUGACAUAAAACAUCGAGGUGCUGCUUCGGAAUUCCGUCCUCUGAAGGGUCAAUUGCAGAAUUAUUGGGAGCCAAAUUUCACCUUUCGCUAUAUCACCGAUGAUAGAUAUCUGAACAAUGACAAUUUCGAAAUCUACGCAACUUAUGAUUCAAGAGAAAAGUUGCUUGCGGAUAUUGCAGAGGCUAUCGCAAUAAAGGAAGAGCUAGAGGGACCAAGGGUUUGGAAAAAUCUGGGCAGUGACAUCGAAGUUGACCGAGAGUGUGUCAAAGCUUCUAGGCCCCCUAUCCAAAUGAGAGCUUCUCGUAGACGAGACGAAUUUUACCAGAAGUUUACUCUGAAAGACAGGGAUGCCCUGGAAACUUGGAGCAGUAGCCAAAUGGAAUGUCGGCCCUUCAAAGAUCCGUCGUUCGACAAGUUCUUCGCCGAACAAGACGUUGCCAUUUCGGCUAUCUCCAUCGUCGCGGAUAAAGGCUCUCAAACUAUCCAGCAGAGAGCCAGAAAUAAUCUUGCACAGUACGAGUUUCGGCAAUUUGAUCCUGAAACAAAGACAAAGGUUAUGGGGAGUCUUGAUAUGGGUUCCUUUCUGAAGUUCUCGAAGCCAUUAUAUGUCGAUGCCCUACAGCAAAAUGAGGUCAUGGACCUGUAUGAGGAUGAUUUCGCCACCUUUGCAGACGAGGAUUACCAACUUGGGGACAAAACUACGACCGCUAUAACGGAGUACCAGUCAUUUUCUGAUAUUACAUAUGGUAGGUCAAAGAUGGUAUCAGCUGUUGAUUGGAUGCCCGGCAGAAAUGGGAUUGUUGCAGCAGCCAUAUCUGACUCGAAAUCUUUCGACGAAAGAAUGCAGAUUGCUGGAAAGCCUAGCGAUUCUUAUGUCCUUGUUUGGAGUUUCUUAGAUCCAAUUCACCCUCAGAUGGCUCUUGAGAGUCCUUCCGAUGUAUUUAGUAUGCGUUUCAAUCCUGUGCGUCCUAUGUUGGUUGCUGGCGGCUGCUACAAUGGCCAGGUUAUUUUGUGGGACCUCACCACGGCUCAAGAAACGGUGGACAGAAGGCAUAAGAGGCAGCUUGAGGAUAAGAGCGAGAGCAGCAGCAAGAAAACAAGCGAGAAGGCUGUGCUUGUUCUGAUGUCUCUCCUAAGCAGCGCAAAGCAUUCUCAUAGCAGUAUCGUUUCUGAUAUUCAUUGGCUACCAGAAGACUUUCAGAUGAGCGUGAAAGGGCAAAUGGUUGGCAAUAGAGGGCUUACGAACUUUCUUGCAUCAGUCUCUGCGGAUGGGAAGGUUAUCUUUUGGGACGUCACCAGCAAAGGUGAACCGGAGCUGAGUCCUGAGUGGUCUGAUGAAAGGAGAGCGGCUGCUAUGGAAGGAGAGAAGUACAAGUGGAAUCCUGUUGUUGAGAUUACCUUGGCCUCUUUAGAUCCUGUCAAGCAAGUCGGACCUUUGAAAAUGGCCAUACACGGACUUGCCGCCGGUGGCACUCAGUUUUAUUGCAGUACAGAGUUUGGAGAGAUUCUGAAUGCAGAUGUGACUUCACCCUCUGGAAACAACAUCAAGUCCAUUGCAGUAUGUCACCACGGGCCCGUCCGUGCCUUGCUAGCUUCCCCAUUUUUCAAGACCGUUUUACUGUCAAUCGGCAUCUGGACCUUCGCACUUUGGAAGGAUAACGUGAAGGAGCCAAUUUUUCUCUCUAGAUGUGCUGAGGGUUAUCUGACCACUGGAUGUUGGAGUCCGACCCGACCUGCGGUAAUUUAUAUAGGUUUGAUCGAUGGAACGAUAGAGGUGUGGGAUUUGUUGGACCAUAGUCACCAGCCGUCGAUGAUCGCCACUGUUUGUUCAUGCCAGCUAACCGUCAUGGAGUUCUGGAGAAUAUCUUCUCCACAAUUUCUUGCAGUAGGAGACAUCCAAGGCAUCUUGCAUAUCCUGGAAAUUCCGAGAAGUCUUCGACGAACAUCUUAUAAAGAGAAAGUGGCCAUGGGUAAUUUUUUCGCGAGACAACAAGCUUGGGUCGUCGACGUGAAGAAUAGAUCUAAAGAACGCGAGCGGCAGAUUGAGAAAGCCCAAGCCCAGAAAGAAAUACUGAAGGGACGGGAGGAACAGUUUUUUAAGCUCUGCACGUGGACCGAAGAAAUGGAGGCCGAUUAUCAGAAGUAUGAGAAUGAAUGUCGAACCAAGUUCGGAGCCAAGGCAGCGUAGAAUAGAGGCACCAAUGACAGGUUAAUUAAGUUGAAGCUGAAGUUUUCCGCAUUCGAAUGCAGUUGAGUAGCUUGGGGAAGAGAGCGCACUUUAUACCUCGUCCAAGAGUGGACACUUAUAUUUGUUCCGGUCAGAAUCCGGUUAGAUAAAAAACUUUGUUAUGAUUCUCACAUCCCUCGUAGAUCUUUGUAAUAUAGUUUUCUGGGUUUUUUUCCACACCGAUUGAGAGAAUACUUUAUUUUGCUCGUAUUAAAGGGUUAAUACAAGAUGCCUACGUUGUAAAGAAUAAUUAUGAUGAGAAACUAGAAUACUCAAACAGCAUUCUUCAAGAGAGAAGUAACAGCCAGAGAAUUUUGAAAGAAGUAUUUUCUAGCAAAAGCUGGUAGUUUAUCCCAGGCAGCACGUAGAGAAAGACGAAAGUGUACGAGUGCUUCUAUGAACUCGCAAAACAAAUCAUACAGCUCUGGUCCAUCAAGGAUAUCGGGAAUACAUAAAUGGAUCCAACAAAUUUUCUUGGUUCUUAUCAUGCACCUUUUGUAAGCUCUGGACUUCAAAACAUAUUCGCAAUCGAGCUUAGCUGUGUGCUAAUAGAUUUGCGAG